AUGAAACUGUUUGUGCAUAACCAGACAUCUGUGCCUUUAUUCCUGCUUCUGGAAUUCUCAGCCAUUAGAGAACUUCAAAUUCUACAUUCUUUUGUAUUUCUAGCCCUCUACUUGGCAACUGUAACAGCAAAUCUUCUCAUUAUCUCAGCUAUAACUUUUGACGAUCAUCUGCACAUUCCCAUGUACUUUUUUCUGAUGAACUUGGCUAUGCUGGAUAUUGCUUCUGUUUCAGCCAUUAUGCCUAAAUCCAUAGCAAAUUCUCUCAUGAAUAUCAGAAGUAUUUCUUAUUCUGGUUGUAUUUUCCAAGCUCUCUUUUUUGUUUCAUUUAUGACAUCUGAUUUCUUUCUUCUCACAGUCAUGGCAUAUGAUCGAUAUGUUGCUAUUUGCAGUCCCUUGCAGUAUGAAAUGGUGAUGAACAGGAGAACAUGUGCUCAGAUGAUUGCUAGUGUAUGGGUCAGUGGUUUUUUCUUUGGAACCCUACAUGUAGUUGGCACAUUUACAGUUCCUUUUUGCUCUGAUAUUGUCAAUCAGUUCUUCUGUGAGAUCCCACAAUUAUUAAAGCUCACUUGCUCAGAUUUCAGUCAAGGUGAAUUUGAAAUUCUUGCCUUCAGUAUUAUUAUAGUAUUAGGUUUAUUUAUGUUCAUUUUGGUAAGUUACAUAAAGAUAUUGAGUGCAGUGUUUAGAAUACCAUCUGCCCAGGGAAGACAAAAGGCCUUGUCUACUUGUCUUCCCCAUCUCAUUGUUGCCUCUGUGUUAAUGUUCACAGGAAUACCCGCAUACCUGAAGCUUCCCUCAAAUUCCCCAUCUGAUCUGGAUAUAAUGUUGACCAUUACAUAUUCCCUUAUCCCACCCAUUCUAAAUCCACUGGUUUACAGCAUGAGAAACAAAGACAUAAAGAGAGCCCUGUCCAAAAUUUUGUUCUAA